AUGUGUUUCAUUUCUUUUCUUUUUUUCUUCUUUUCUUUUUUCUUCUUUUCUUUUUUCUUCUUUUCUUUUUUCUUCUUUUCUUUUUUCUUCUUUUCUUUUUUCUUCUUUUCUUUUUUCUUCUUUUCUUUUUUCUUCUUUUCUUUUUUUCUUUUUUUUUUUUUCUUUUCUUUUUUCUUUUCUUUUUUCUUUUUUCUUCUUUUCUUUUUUCUUUUCUUUUUUCUUCUUUCCUUUUUCUUCUUUCCUUUUUCUUUUCUUCUUUUCUUUUUUUUCUUUUUUCUUUUUUUCUUUUUUCUUUUUUCUUCUUUUCUUUUUUUUUAUCUUUUUCUUUUUUCUUUUUUUUUUUUUUUUCUUUUUUUUUUCUUUUUUUUCUUUUUUUCUUUUUUUUUUUUCUUUUUCUUCUUUUUUUUUUUCUUUUUUUUUUUUUUUUUUUUUUUUCUUUUUCUUUUUCUUCUUUUUUCUUUUUUUCUUUUCUUUUUUUCUUUUUCUUUUUUCUUUUUUCUUUUUCUUUUUUUUCUUUUUUCUUUUCUUUUUUCUUCGUUUUUUCUUUUCUUUUUUUCUUCUUUCUUUUCUUUUUUCUUUUCUUCGUUUUUCUCUUCGUUUCUCUUUUCUUCUUUUUCUUUUCUUUUUCUUUUCUCUUUUCUUUUUCUUUUCUUCUUUUUCUUUUCUUUUUCUUUUCUCUUCUUUUUUCUUUUCUUUUCUCUUUUCUUCUUUUUUCUUUUUCUUUUUUCUUCUUUUUCUUUUCUUCUUUCUUUUUCUUUCUUCUUUCUUUUUCUUUCUUCUUUCUUUUUCUUUCUUCUUUCUUUUUCUUUCUUCUUUCUUUUUCUUUCUUCUUUCUUUUUCUUUCUUCUUUCUUUUCUUUCUUCUUUCUUUUCUUUCUUCUUUCUUUUCUUUCUUCUUUCUUUUCUUUCUUCUUUCUUUUUUCUUUCUUCUUUCUUUUCUUUCUUCUUUCUUUUUCUUUCUUCUUUCUCUUUCUUUCUUCUUUCUCUUUCUUUCUUCUUUCUUUUUCUUUCUUCCUUUGCCAAAAUGGAAGGCUCUGGUGUGGAUUCAAUCACAAGUCGAAUCCAGCAUUUGGAUUGUCUGUUAAGUGGAAGUACAACUGAUGCAAAUAUCAACCAGACCCUUAUCUAUAAUCAAGGCCUUUUGGACUGCCUGUUGGUUUUGUUCACUGAGUGUCAAGCACAAAACUUGAUGAAAAACAAAUAUGUUUAUGAUUUUGUUAAAAAAUAUAAAAAGACUGUUCAAGAGAUUACAAGACUUCGAAUAAAAGUAUCUGACUUUGAAGUGAAAGAAGUAAUUGGGCGUGGUUUUUUUGGUGAGGUCCGGUUGGUGCGUGAAAUUGCUACUGGUACGAUUCAUGCCAUGAAGGUUUUGGAGAAAAAUAAAACACUCUCUCAAGCUGAUGUUUCCUUCUUUAAUGAAGAAAAGGAAAUCAUGGCCAAAGCGGACAGUUGCUGGAUAACCAAAUUGCAUUAUGCAUUCCAAGACUCAAACAAUCUUUAUUUUGUUAUGGAAUUCUAUCCUGGUGGCGAUCUCUUAUCCCUUUUGUCAAGAUAUAAUGAUGUAUUUGAAGAAGAAAUGGCUCGCUUUUAUCUGGCGGAAAUGGUAUUGGCUAUAAACACAGUGCAUUCUUUGGGAUACAUUCACAGGGAUAUAAAACCAGAGAAUGUUCUUUUGGACAGAUCUGGGCAUAUCAGGUUGGCUGAUUUUGGAUCUGCUGCUAAAAUGUCCACAAGAAACUAUGUAUCAUCUCAUAUUCCAGUUGGCACUCCAGACUAUGUAGCACCUGAACUCCUCUUCAUGAACUCAACAGAAUCGUCCCAGCGCUAUGGGGUAGAGGUUGAUUGGUGGUCUUAUGGUGUGUGUGCCUAUGAGAUGCUCUAUGGAAACACACCAUUCACAGGGGCAGAUAACUCUAAAUCAGGAACUUACAAUAAAAUCAUGAACUAUAAGAAAUAUCUGAAAUUUCCAUCCAAGGAUGUUUCAGAAGGGGCUGUGGAUUUACUGAAGAAUUUGUUAACUGAAGCAAAGUGUCGCCUGGAUUACCAAAGUUUGUUGAUUCAUCCAUUUUUCAAAGAUGUCUCUUGGCACAAUAUUCGCAAAGUGAAACCACCAUUUGUGCCCAGUCUUUCUGGUCUUGAUGACACUUCUAACUUUGAUGAAUUUGAAAAAAUCCAGUCAACCCAAAGAAUUAAAGAUUUCAAACAACAACGAGACUUCAGUGAAUCAGAGUAUGAGAGUACAGAUGAUGGCAAGUCAUCCAAUGUCAAACUAACAUUAACUGUCAAUGUCACAGACCACCAAAAAUUAUCAAGCCAAUCUAAAGAGUCUGAGUCAACAGAGAGCUUACUGCGAACAGAGCUGGAGGAAAUAAAGCUUUUGUGUGAUAGAAAGGAGCAGCAGAUUGUUAGACUACUGGAAGAUAAGCAAACCCUUACAGAGGAUCUCAACAUGUGCACAGAAAAAUCUUCGAUGCUACUUAAACGACUUGAAGAAGAAUUGGAAACCAAACGAGUUGUUCAUGAACAAGGUGUUUCACUUUUGAAUGAUAUCAAUACCUUCACAAAAGAAGCAGAGGAGAUCAAAUGUACUGUCACACAUGCCAAAAUUGAUGAACUGAAGCAGAUAAUAAAAGUUCUUGAAGGCCAAAAUGGCAAAAUGAUGCAGCAACUCAUAAAGAAAGAUCAUGUGAUUGCUCAGUGCCAGAAGAAAAUGAUGGACAGUCAUGAACAGCUAAAGACUCUUCAGAACCAACUUGACAAAGAAAAGAGAAAAUCAUUAGAAGAUCAAAGAAAGGAUUUAACCAGAUUGCAGAAUGUAGAGGAAAUAUGGAAACAACAGAUUGACACAAAAGAGAGACAUAUAACUGAUCUACAGGAUCUCAUUAAAUCUGGAAGAUGCCCUUCUCUCUUUUCUCUCUCUCUUUUCUCUCUCUCUUUUCUCUCUCUCUUUUCUCUCUCUCUUUUCUCUCUCUCUUUUCUCUGUCUCUUUUCUCUGUCUCUUUUCUCUCUCUUUUCUCUCUCUUUUCUCUCUCUCUUUUCUCUCUCUUUUCUCUCUCUCUUUUUCUCUCUCUUUUCUCUCUCUCUUUUUCUCUCUCUCUCUCUUCUCUCUUUUCUCUCUCUUUUUUCUCUCUCUUUUCUCUCUCUCUUUUCUCUCUCUCUUUUCUCUCUCUCUUUUCUCUCUCUCUUUUCUCUCUCUCUUUUCUCUCUCUCUUUUCUCUCUCUCUUUUCUCUCUCUCUUUUCUCUCUCUCUUUCUCUCUCUCUCUCUCUCUUCUCUCUCUUUUCUCUCUCUUUUUCUCUCUCUUUUCUCUCUCUUUUUCUCUCUCUUUUCUCUCUCUCUUUUCUCUCUCUCUUCUCUCUCUCUCUUCUCUCUCUCUCUUCUCUCUCUCUUUUCUCUUUUUAAAAAAAAAUUAA